CCAACAUCAACAGCAAUAGCCAUAAAGUACAUCGGCAUAUAACUUAUUUCAUGAUUUAGUAGAGAUAAGUUUGAUUUACUUGGUAAAUUUAUUUGAACCCUUUCUUUGUUAGAAAAUUUUGUGAUAAGUCUACAUUUUAAUAUUUAUUUUUCCUUCCGUUGCCUUUUUUGGGGUUGAGGGGUUAUUCUCUUCUCUGUUAGUGAGAAUAAAAAGGAGCCAUUUUUUUUUUCUAUUGCUCAGCAGUAAUUUCCCAAUAGGAGAGUCACUCAACAUUUUUUGAGCUCUCAUCAUGUUCUGUGCCCUGUGCUAAACACGGAGUUGAGGAGAUGAAUACGAGUCUCCUUUCCCCAAAAGUCUUUGUAGACUUACUAGAGUCAGAAAGAUAAACCAGAAGUGACAUACACAUUAAGCCAUCUACCCUAUGGCUGGGAGUCAGACUUUUAGAAAACAUUAACUUUAUAACCUUCACAACAACCUUAGGAUGUAGGCACUGAGGAUCGGAGGACUUAAAUAACUUGCCCAGAUGAGAUUUGAACCCAGUGUCUCCAAAAAUACGUCCAUGGCCUUCCCACUAAUGUUAAGAUGGGGAGAUAGGAACAUUUUUACCUAGAAAGGCUGAUUCUAGUUGUCUGUUCAUGACCCAAAGGACCUGUUAGUUCAGGUGUGUGAACCCAAGUCAGACUCCCUGUUGGGUAUUUAUCAGUUAUUUCUGGCAAAGUGGUCAGACUAAUAAUAGACAGCCUUGGCAUUCAUACAGCAAGUGAAAACUGUGGUGCAGAACUGUUUUUGAGUGGAUAUUUUUAAAUUCAGUGAAUCAUGUUCACCUUAAAAAAAUGUGUUGUCAUUUAAAAACUAAACGACAUACUCUCUCAGUGUGAUGGGCUGUGAUUGGAAAAACCCACAUCUGUAUGUCCCAUGAUAUUUUCAACUACAUUUGGAUUAAUUAGCCAAAUUGGUAGAAACCUGAGCACCAGUGAGAUCAGUCACCAUGAUUCCAACCCUGCAGGUGACUGGAAGCUUCUUCAGCUGUAAGAAGAAUCUCUUAAUCCUAGGUAGUUUGCGAAGGGAAAAUGAGUGAUAGCAUUUUGAAAGUACGCAAGAGAAAGCAUGCAUCCACUUUUCUUUUUGAAGGUCAGUCCACUGAUUAUUUUGACUUAUAAUGAGUUUAAGCCCAAGUCAGUAUAAAGUGUCCUUAGUCUAAAAAAUGAUGGAAAAUUCAAAAUGAAAAGAUGUCCGUGUUUGCUGAAUUUCAGGUUAAAGCCCUGGGUUUUAGGAAUUUUCAUUACCAAGAACUUCUUGUUUCAGAGGACAUCACCUAUUGGCAGAGCUUGGUACUGCAGUUUUACUCAGAUGCUGAAGCUACAGAAAGAGCUGAUCGAUAAGUCAGCCAUGGAUCCAGAGUCAGGGAGAUGUUACGGCAGGCAGCUCAGAGGACAUGUGAAGUCUACAAAGACAUACUUUCUCUCCUCUCUUCCCAUUCUGCUCAUUACUAGGAUGUGCAUUUCUGAACAGAAACCCAGAACCAUAACUGUAACAAACUGCAAAAUUGUGAAUUGUGGCUGAAAUCUGCCCCUGCUGAGACAUCUCGACCUAUUUCAGAUGGACAUUGGGCUCAAAAAGCUCAUUGUUCUUGUGCAAACAGGUAAAUUCUCAUCUGUCAUAACUCUGAAAUCGUAGCACUGCAGCUUGAUUUUACUUUUGCGUUGCUAUAGCUAAUAGCAUCAGGAAAAUAACUUUUCAAAUACAAAUAUGUCUUUUCUCCCAGCUGGGGCUGGGACAGAAGUAAAAGAAGAAGAAGAAGGAAUAGAAGGAUUUUACAGCCACAGUUUGGACAUUAGUCUUAUUGUUCAACAAGAAGCAAUUUCUGACUCUGAAGAAAUUUCAUUCUUUUAGAGUGACACAAAUGUAAUCUGCUCAGCUGGUUUAGCUUCCGUUUAUAUUUUGUAGCACCUCAGAGCUAUACCCCCACUCCCAUCCUGGCCUUUUUUUUUUUUUUAAGAACCAGAGUAGAAAUCCUGAUAACACUAGCAUGGAAAGGUCCUUCGGGUUUUGCAAGCAAUCUCUUUUCCCCUACCUUUUAACUCUUUUCCCUUUGAAUGAGUAUACAUUUUCUGCGUGUAUUUUUCAGGGUCCUUCCUGUGGGCCUCAUUCCAUUUUGUUUAAUUGGUUUCCUGUUAAUUGAGAAGGAGAAUGAACUAGGAAAUAAGCACGUGUGCUGAAUUAGAAGUACGCGGGGUUGUCCUAAAGGAAAUAAAGCUGAAGUUAGAAAACGUGCAGGACUGUUCUUUAUUCUGCGACUGUAGGCUUUCACUGCACUUGGCGUUCAUGGGGCAUUCACUCAUUUACUCCACACUGAGUCCCAGAGGGGCUCAGAUGAUAGCCUUUAGGAGGAAAGCACUUAGGAGGAGAGGAUUUGGCACCUGUAUGGUGGCCUCAAAGCAAAGGUCUAAAAGUGUUUUCGAUGUACUCACAAGGCCGUUUUAAAGUGGUGCUGUUUUGAAACUUUGGUCAUCAUUGUUGCAUAGACAUUUUACAUUGCCGGACUUUGGAAUUCAUCAGCCGUUUUCCCCCAUGCCACUUGCUGUCGGGGUCCUUGGAUUCUCUCAUCUGACUCUGGGCCGCUACCCCAUGUUUCUUGUUCUUCUUUCCAUCACUAACAUGGUCUCAGUACAUCGACGUGGAUUCUUAGGGAGUUUUUAAGAUCUGUUUUCUUCCAAUUCCCCUUGAGUUUCUGUUUGUAUCCGUUUGCUUACAAAUAGAUUUAAUUAGCUCAGAAAACUAACCGCCCCCCUCCAGAAUUUUUCAGUUUCUUUCCUUCUGUUCUAUAAAGAGAGAUGCACGCUUUGUGCUGGUGAUAACGAGACCAGUGGGAACUUCGGAGUGGCAUGCAUUUUCCUGCGAGGAAGUGUCAGAAAACAGACAUAAAAGUCUUAAAGAGGAAAGUUGUAGGCAAGCUUGAGUCACAACUUCAGGGGCCGAGGUUGUCCGGGAGCUGUCCGUGAUGACUGUGGUGUGCGUGAGUAUGUGUGUGUGUGUGUGUGUGUGUGUGUGUGUACACACGUUGUACACACACACAUGCACCCCACAGUGACAGAUGACCUAUUGAAAUAAUUUCAGAGCUGUUCUGUGGUUGCUACGACAACCAAUGCUCUCUUGGCUUUCAUCUGGCCAUGUGACAGGGACUUUGACGUCAGCUGGAGGCAGAGUCUGUGGCUGAGUCCACACAGUCAAAGGCCUGUGAGAAUCUGGUGGAUGCUGGCUGCUGCUGCCACCGCUGCUGCUCUCCACGCCGCACCGCUGCUUUCCAGGGGCUGCAGAGCAUGGACUGUUAAAUCUUGCACUUCUUUUGUGUGAGCUGAAUUCUCGCUGCCAGGAUGGGGAAACAGAACAGCAAGCUUCGCCCAGAGGUCAUGCAGGAUUUGCUGGAAAGCACAGACUUUACAGAGCACGAGAUCCAGGAAUGGUAUAAAGGCUUCUUGAGAGACUGCCCCAGUGGACACUUGUCAAUGGAAGAGUUUAAGAAAAUUUACGGGAACUUUUUCCCUUAUGGGGAUGCUUCCAAAUUUGCAGAGCAUGUCUUCCGCACCUUUGAUGCCAAUGGAGAUGGGACGAUAGACUUUAGAGAAUUCAUCAUAGCCCUGAGUGUGACCUCGAGGGGGAAGCUGGAACAGAAGCUGAAAUGGGCCUUCAGCAUGUAUGACCUGGACGGAAAUGGCUACAUCAGCAAGGCAGAAAUGCUAGAGAUUGUGCAGGCGAUCUAUAAGAUGGUUUCCUCCGUAAUGAAAAUGCCUGAAGACGAGUCAACCCCAGAGAAAAGGACAGAAAAGAUCUUCCGCCAGAUGGACACCAACAGAGAUGGAAAACUGUCGCUGGAGGAAUUCAUCCGAGGGGCCAAGAGCGACCCGUCCAUAGUGCGCCUCCUGCAGUGUGACCCCAGCAGUGCCGGCCAGUUCUGAGCCCCACGCCCUACGGAUCGUAGAGCUGCUUGUGUUCCCUUUCGAUCUUCCUUUUUAACAAGUUUGUCUUUUUUUUUUUUUUUUUUUUUGCCAAACAAUAUUGAUGGUGAUGCUGCCCCCCGUGAGGUCAGAUGCACCUUCCUCCGUGACGCCUUCAGCUUCCUUUGUUGUGGGAAUGCCCGGAGCCCCAACCGCUUGUGGCCGAGCAUGGACAGUGCUGUCUUGCACAGACCUUGUGGUGUUCGUUGUUCUAUGAUUUCUCCAUCGCUGUUAUUAUUGUCAUUUUUCUUCCGAUUCCAAUGUCUGUUCUGAAACCGAAGACUCGGGGAGGCAAGAGAAGGGAAAACAAUUCGGUCCAGUGAUUCAAUCGCAAGCUUCCAGGGGCUUGUUGGAAAAACAAAACUCCCCACCCGGGUCUGGAGUCGCCCGUGCCCUCGGGGUGAUGGUGCCAUGUGCUGGGUUCCGCAAGGACAAGGAACCCUCUGGGGCCAGGCUAUAGAAGGGACGUGGAGGCGUCCACUCCACCCUCUUCCCCAGCAGGCUGUUGUAGUGUCUAAGCUGUGAACGUGUCAAGGUAAAUUCGUAGAGAAGAGGAAAAUGAUGGCUCAGCUGUUUUCUCACGGCGUUUACACUAGCUGAGCUAAGAUGAGUUUCUUUGGAAAUUAAACACAAAUGGUAACUUAUAUAACAAAACCAGACCCAUCUUGUUGCCUAUUGUGAUUAAGACAAAAGACUGCUGUACAUAAACUAUUGGGUAUUGCAGACCAAAUUAAGUGUUUUGCCUUGUUUAAAUGAAAUGCAUGUUUAGUGAGCACUAAUACAAUCUUAUUACAGAAGACUGUUUUUAGUAGCUUAAUGUGAAGUAAGCCAACUAUAAUGAAUGUCUAUGUCUUGUUUUAAAGUCAUAUCUGUCUUUGCACAAAUGCACCAAUCAACAGGUAUAUUUUAUAUAUUCCAGAGAAGUACAAAGUCACCAUGACUAGGGCCCAACCUUAAUUUCGAAUGCAUUUCCAGAGUGGUUGUGCCUGGAGAAUAGACUAGGGCAGGUUUAAGUGGGACACGUCCUUGGGAGCCACCAGAAGGUUAAUAUUUGUGAGAGAUGUGAGGUGAUGGUUAGCUCACUCAGCCCAGCAGCUCAGUGGUAUUAGAUUGGAAGUGUGGUGCUCUUCUGAAUAGAUCAAUAUUCCUUAGACCUGAAAAAAAUAUAUAUACCAUAAAUUCUUGGGACUUCCCAGUGGUUUAAGCCACAUGUAUGAUUAGGGAGCUGUAUCUGGAAUACUGACCUUUUCAUGCCCCCAGUGGCCCUUCAAACAAUCAGAGGUCGGGCAGCCGGCUGACUCAUCAUGAAGAAGGCACGGGCCAGUGCGUCUGUGAUUUCCAGGGCCUGCUGUGGGGAAUCCCAAAGUAUUUUCCAUCACCAUGUUCUUUGAAUGCAGAUUUCUAUUUUGAGAGGUGACAGUGCAAAUUUGCGUCGCUGUUUGGUCUGGCGAUCUCACGCACACUAAUUGGAAUUGAAAGUUAAGAGUAAAAAUUGCUGAUCACAGGUAAGUCCGUCACAUUUUCCCAAGCAGUAGGCAUGGGGAAGUCCAAACCCUCAAGGAUGUACAUGGUAGACCCUGCCCCAGGAGGAGGCCGAGAGGUCCUUAGUGGGUCUGUCUGCACUGAAGCUACUUCCUGAAGAUCAUGACCCACAGAAAGACAGAAAUAACCAUGAGGGAGAUGAUGUUGAGUCCAUUCUAACUCUAGAUUCCUCUGUGUUACUUGAGUCCAUUUUACCUGGUAGCAAAAAUCUGAAUUUGUAUGGUUGGCCAAAAUGAACCAACUUUGCAGAAUGAAAUUUGGAGGCCUAGACUUGGUAAAAUAAUCUUUAUCUUCCUCUAAGUGUCAGCUCCUCCCAGUCGGUCAGCCCUGAGACUUGCCAAAUUCCUCCUUGGGCCGAGUGGUAAGAUCUGGGUCUGAAAGCCAGGGGAUUACCCUAAGAGGCAGAGGGCAGAGGGGGUGAGGGACCUAGCACCUCUGCUGGUCGUGUUCAGGAGGUGCAUCCUUCCCCCACGCAGGGGUUGGGGGGGAAAGCCCUUCCUGCUCUGGACUGAAGACCAAAUUCUUCCCUUUCAGUUCUUCAAAGAGGGUGGGGAGUCAGUUAAUAAUUGGGCAAGUCCGCCUGGGCUCUGCCUUCGGUCAGGACAUCUUGUUGAGCCAGACUCAUCCAGUUCCCUAGAACUGAGAGCUGUAGUGAGGAGGAGGGGAGAGGGGCUCCAGCUGCUUAGGAGAGAAAACAGAGCCAGAUGCAUGGCUGACGAACACCGACAUGCCUGAGAUACACAGAAAUAGUCUUCGUCCUGGCCUGCCAUUGACCCUGUCUGUAUUUUCUCGAUGGUUGUUUUUCUCUUCUAUUUCUUCCCAGGAAGGGCUUUGUAUGUCCAAUGCAAUGCACUUAAAUUUGGCCAAGGGACUCUGCAGCACCCGGAAGGUUGAAUGCCUAAAAGUUUAUGUCACUUCUUUGCUGGGCUGUUUAUUGUCAUUACUGUGUUGAGGGACCUCUGGAAAUGGUCUGUUCUGUCUAAAAUCAAGGCAGUCUGUGAUUUCAAGGGACUGGAAUAAAGUGGCUUAUGACUUGAAGGAUGAUACAGAGUGGCUGACUAUCCGUUCAUACCCUUGUUGAGGGUGGGGAAGGGAUGUGGAGGGUGCUGUCCCAUCCCAUCUCUAUGUCCCAGGGGGAACUUUCCACAA